AUGGAAUUUUGUGAGGAUUACCAAAACAAUUUGAGAAGUAUUUAUAAUAAGGAAUAUUAAGUUUCAAGAAUUUAAUUUCUCUAAAUUCUAAAUCAAAUGAAUCAAUCCAGUCGAAUUUUUAUGGAGAAUGUAAAACUAAUUACAAUAUGUAAAUUGAAAAAGGAGUUGUAUCAAUAAAAGAAGGCUUUAACUAAAAAGUAAAAUAUUAGAAUGUAACCUAGGGAAUAAACUAUAAAGGUAAAGGAAAUGAAAAUAAGGAUGAGUAAAUAAAUGAUAAAAUAUCAAUUAAAGAAAAAAAUUAAUAGAUUUGUAGACACUUAGGAGUAAAAUUAUAAAACAAUUUAGAAUAGACUAGAGGAUUAAAUAUAUUAUAAUGAAAAAGGUAAACUAAUUAGAAAUUGUAGGUAAAAAGAAUAGAUUUGAAGAAGUAUCGGAAAAUUGUGAUACAUUAGAUUCAAGUGAUUAUUUUUACAUAGGUAAUUAAAUUUUGAUGAUUUCAAAGCAAAGAUUCUAUCUUCGAUGAACAGAUUUGAGGAAGCUUUGUAAAAUUUUGAUUAUGCAAUUUCGAAAAAUCCUGAAAAUUCUGACUAUUAUUAUCGCAAAGGUACAACUAAAUCUGUAUGAUUACCUAGCUAAUACUCUACAGAAAAUGAAUAGAUUUACGGAAGCUUUGGAGAAUAAUAAUUCAGCAAUUUAGAAAAAUCCAGAGAUUUCUGAGUAUUAUAGUGGAAAAGGUAUAAUUAAACUUGAAUGAUUACCUAGCAAUUUCAUUAAUAGAAAUGAACAGACUUGAAGAAGCCCUAGAGAGUUUAGAUUUAGCAAUCUAAAAAAAUCCAAGAGAUUCUCGCUCAUAUUUUGGUAAAGGUAUAAUUAAAUUUGGAUGAUUUCUUAGCUAUUACAUUAAAGAAAAUGAAGAGAUUUGAUGAAGCCUUAGAAAAUUAUGAUCAGGGAAUUUUGAAAGUUUCAGAAAAUUCUGACUUUUAUCAUGGCAAAGGUAUAAUUGAAUCUGAAUUAUUUCUCAGCUAAUACUCUAAGUGAUAUGAACAGAUAUGAAGAAGCUUUAGAAAAUUAUACCUUAGCAAUUUCGAAAAAUCCAGAAAAUUCUACCUAUUAUUUCGGCAAAGGUAUAAUUGAAUCUGAAUUAUUUCUCAGCUAAUACUCUAAAUAAGAUGAACAGAUUUGAAGAAGCUUUAGAAAAUUUUGGCACAGCAAUUUCGAAAAAUCCAGAAAAUUCCGACAAUUAUAGAGGCAAAGGUAUAAUGAAAUUUGAAGGUUAUCUUAGCUAUUUCUCUAUCAAAAAUGAACAGACUAGAAGCAGCUUUGGAAAAUUACUUAUUAGCUAUUUAGAAAAAUCCAGAAAAUUCUGACUUAUAUGCAGGCAUAGGUAAAUUAAAUCGAGAUUGUUUCUUAGCUAAUACUCUAAACAAAAUGAAUCGAUUCGAGGAGGCUUUGGAAUAUUAUGAUUCAGCAAUUUAGAAAAAUCCAGAAAAUUCAUAAUACUAUUAGAGUAAAGGUAUAAUUAAAAUUUGAAUGAUUCAGCUCAGACAUUAAAAUAAAUGAAUAGAUUUUAAGAAGCUUUAGAAAAUUAAGAUAGAGCCAUUUAGAAAUACCCAGAAGAUUCUGACUAAUAUAAUGGCAAAGGUACUAUUAAAUUUAGAUGAUUCUUUAGCUAGUAUUCUAUAAAAACUGAACAGAUUUGAAGAAGCUUUGGAAAAUUAUUGUUCGGCUAUUGAGAAAAAUCCAGAAAAUUCUAAUAAUUUUGCUGGCAAAGGUAUAAUGUAAUUUGGAUUAUCUCUCAGCUUAAACUCUAUAUAAUAUGUAAAGAUUUGAAGACGCUUUAGUAAAUUAUGAUAUAGCAAUUUCAAAAAAUCCAUAAAAUUCUAACUAUUAUGGUGAUAAAGGUAUAAUUAAAUCUGAAUUAUUGCUCAGCGAAGACUCUAAGUGAUAUGACCAGAUUUGAAGAAGCUUUAGAAAACUAUACCUUAGCAAUAUAAAAAAAUCCAGAAAAUUCUGACUAUUAUUUUGGCAAAGGUAUGAUUAAAUCUGUAUGAUUACCUAGCUAAUACUCUAAAUAAAAUGAACAGAUUUGAAGAAGCUUUGGAAAAUUAUAACUUAGCAAUUUAGAAAAAUCCUGAAAAUUCUGACUAUUAUUUUAACAAAGGUAAAGUUUAAUCUGAAUGA